CUCCAGUUCAUCCGAAACGCCCACAAAAUACUUGUGCUCAAAGACGGGAAGACACAGGCGCUGGGAAAUUACCCGCAAUUAGUGAACGCCGGCAUUGAUUUCAUCAAAAUGAGUGGCGACGAGAAGGAAGAGAAGAAGGAGGGCGGCGCCGACGUGGCCAGGAGUGGGUCGGUCAAGGGUCAGAGCUCUCGCGUGGGUCGCGCUCAGUCGGUACAGUCGGCGGCGUCUGUCGAGGACGAGGAGCUCCAGGCCUACAUCGAGGGAGAAAAGGCUCAAAUCCAAAGAGGCGAACAACAGAGGAUGGGAUCCGUGAAGGCGAAGAUCUAUUGGCUGUACGUGAAGAGCGGCGGCGGCUUCUUCCUCCUCACGAUCCUCAUCUGCUCCAACAUUUUGACGCAAUUCCUGUUCAAUGGCAGCGAUUACUUCCUGUCCCUCUGGACCGAUAAGGAGCGCAAUGAGCCCAACCUAUACGACUGGGUGAAGGAGAUGGACAGAAACCAUAUGAUCAUCACAUUUGCCGUACUCGUGAUCGCACUGUUCCUGUUGUCGCUCGUGAGGACCACCGUAUUCUUCACGAUAUGCAUGCGCUCAUCCAUUAGACUCCACAACCAGCUGUUUGAGAGCGUAAUCCGGGCGCCCAUCUACUUCUUCGACAACAACCCCAUCGGUGUACUACUGAACCGGUGUUCCCGCGAUAUGGGUCUCAUCGACGAUAUGGUGCCCUCCACUGCCUUCGACGCCGUCGAGAUCUUCGUGCAACUGUUGGGUGUGAUCAUAAUGAACGCCAUUAUCAUGUAUUGGGUGGUUGUGCCCACCGUUGUGCUCAUCUUCUUCUUCUACUUCCUGCGCGUGUAUUACCUGACGAGCGCCCGGAGUGUCAAACGGCUGGAGGGCAUCACCAGGAGUCCCGUCUUCUCGCACUUAUCCAACACACUGUACGGUCUGUCGACUGUCCGGGCGUUUGGCGCUCAGCAGACCUUCGAGAAGAAGUUCGACGACUAUCAGGACAGUCACACCGCCGCCUGGUUUCUCUUCAUAUCGUCCACCCGUUGGUUCGGCAUUGUAUUGGACUGGUUGUGCUGGAUAUACCUGAUGGCCGUCACCCUCGUCAUGACCUUCAUGUACGACAACAGGGACUUGACGUCCAGUGCCAUCGGUUUGGCCGUCUCGUCGGCCAUCUCCCUGAGCGGUAUGUUUCAGUGGGGGGUCCGCCAGUCGGCCGAACUCGAGAGUCAAAUGACUUCCGUCGAGAGGGUCGACGAGUACAGUCACCUGAAGCCUGAGCCGAACCUGGAGUCCACGCCCGACGGCAAGAGACCGCCCAACGACUGGCCCGACAAAGCGGUCAUCGACUUCAACGACGUGAGCCUCCAGUACAACCCGGAGGACCCGCCGGUGCUCAAGAAUCUGGUCUUUUCCGUGCAAAGCAAGGAGAAGGUGGGAAUCGUGGGCCGCACCGGAGCUGGCAAAUCGUCGAUGAUAUCGGCGCUCUUCCGUAUGUCUCCGCCCACGGGAGACAUCAUUAUUGACGGCCUCAACACCUCCACCAUAAGUCUCCGCGAUUUGCGUAAUAAGCUGUCGAUCAUCCCUCAGGACCCGGUGCUCUUUGCCGGCUCCGUCCGACGCAAUAUCGACCCCUUCAACAAUCACACCGACAAACGCUUGUGGGAAGUGCUGGAAGAGGUGCGCCUCAAAGACGCCGUCAUAGACAUGGCUGGAGGACUGGACGCCGACAUCUCGGAAGGCGGCAGUAAUUUUAGUGUCGGUCAGCGGCAGCUCAUAUGCCUGGCCCGGGCUAUACUCAAGCAGAAUAGGAUCCUGGUGCUAGACGAGGCCACGGCUAAUGUCGACCCCACGUAUGCUAGCAUUUGCUGUAUUAAUAGUAUUAAUAGUCGUAUAAUCAUAAAACAGGAAAUGACGGAUUCACUAAUACAGCAGACAAUACGGGAUAAGUUCGCCGACUGCACGGUAAUGACAAUAGCGCACAGACUGCACACAAUCAUGGACUCGGACAGAGUACUGGUGCUCGACGCCGGUCGGGUCAUUGAGUUCGAUGAGCCACACCUACUCCUGCAGAACGAGAGCGGACUGUUCGCCUCAAUGGUCCGGAUGACCGGCAAAGGCAUGGCUCAAAAUCUGAAAGAAAUGGCCAAAAUAGCUUACGAUAACAGGAGGAAUGAGUCGCCUUUCCAUCGGUUCCAGAUCUCCGAUAUUAAGAGUAUUGUGAGCAAAGAGGUGCCCAAACACGAGAACAUCAUCGAGAGUACGGAGAUGGAUGAGGACAGGGAUGCCGGCGUCGAAAUGGGAUCCGAUGAGAGGACUGAUAGCGAGGAAAGGGAUGACGAGAGUGGCAGUGGAGGGGAAGCGAAGACAGACUUGUGAAGACCAAAAACAUUAUUAAUAAUACAUCGCAACACAUAAGAGCA